UGUUUCAUGAUGAAAGGUGGGUCUCAAAAAGUAGACAGGGUUCCUCAAAAGUUCUCGUCUUUAUUGGAGUUGUCGGCUUCGAAUGAUCUCGACGGCUUCAAAAGUGCCAUUGAAGAAGGGUGUCAUGACAUCAUUGAGUCGAGCUUGUGGUACGGGAAGAGAAUUGGUUCGAGGAAGAUGGGAUUUGAAGAAAGAACGCCCCUUUUGAUUGCUUCUUUAUUCGGGAGCAAGGACGUCGUGGAUUAUAUCGUUAAAAGUGGCCGUGUUGAUGUUAACUGGACGUAUGGUUCCGAUGGUGUCACUGCUCUUCACUGUGCUAUUGCUGGUGGAUCAUUUUGUUCGAAUGAGAUCGUAAGAAUCUUGCUUGAUGCGGGUGCUGAAACCGGUUCUCUCGAUGCUAAUGGAAAUCGGCCUAUUGAUUUGAUUUCACCGGUGGCUUGUAAUUUAGCUCUCAGUUCGAAGAAGAAGAUGUUAGAGUCUUUGUUGAAAGGAAGCGGAUGUGAGGGUGAAGUAGAGGGCUAUAAUUCAAUGGUUCGAGUUUUGAAAGAUGGAACCGAGAAGAAAGAGUAUGCUAAUGAUUUCAUUCUUCCGGACAUUAAGAGUGAGAUGUAUGGCACAGAUGAGUUUAGGAUGUAUAAUUUCAAGGUCAUGCCUUGCUCGAGGGCUUACUCUCAUGACUGGACCGAGUGCCCGUUUGUUCAUCCGGGAGAAAAUGCGAGGAGACGUGAUCCUAGGAAAUACCUUUACAGUUGCGUUCCCUGCCCUGAAUUCCGCAAGGGUUCCUGCAAGCAGGGCGAUAACUGCGAGUAUGCACAUGGUGUUUUCGAGUCUUGGCUUCAUCCUGCCCAGUAUCGAACUCGUUUAUGCAAGGACGGAACUAACUGCAGUAGGAGGGUUUGUUUCUUUGCUCACAAUCAUGAAGAGCUUCGCCCCAUAUAUGCUUCAACAGGUUCAGCAGUGCCUUCCCCAAGAUCAUAUUCAGCUAUCGAUUCCUCUUUAGAGAUGGGUUCAAUGAGCCCACAUGGUCUUGGCUCCCCUUCUGUUUUGUUACCUUCAACAUCAACACCGCCUUUGCCCCCUUCUGGUAGUACAUCUUCACCUAUGGCUGGAGUGAUGUGGCCUAACCAGUCUAACAUUGUACCAUCACUGCAGCUUAAUGGUAGUAGGCUGAAAAAUGCUCGACGUGUUAGGAAUAUUGACUUGGACAUUGAACAAGUCGGGCAGGAAAGUCGUCGCCGCCGCCAAACUCAGCAGCUAAUCGAUGAGAUACCCGGUCUUUCCUCCACCAUAAAUUGGAAGAAUCCAGUGUCCACUACUUCAACUUUUGUAUCUGCAGAAGGAACUGGUGAAUCCAAUUGGUUAGGAGGAAUCUCACUUGAUACUUCAACCCAUCAUCUGCAGUCUCCCACUGGAGUUAGCUACAUGACCAACCUAACAUCCUCUCCAAUAAGGGCAUCUCAAUCCUUUGGGGUCGACCCAUCUAGGUCAACUGCAGGCAUAGUUUUAAGCCCAAGGCCAGCUGCCUUUGCAAACCGGAGCCCAAGCUUUAUGGAACUUAUAAGUGCAGUGCCUUCUAACUUCUCGGAUUUGGGUUCGCCUGAUGGAAAACUAGAGUGGGGUAUACAGGGAGAAAAGCUGAAUAAACUAACACAAGCUUCGUGUUUUGAGUUCCAAAGCAGUAGCAUCAAUUUGGGAGAUCCAGCACAGUCAAUGUCGUCAAGUUCAGACGAGCCAGAUGUGUCAUGGGUCCAGUCUUUGGUGAAGGACAUGGACACCCUGUCCGAGCAGUUCAGUUUCAAGGACGAGCACUAG